AUGCGGCGACUCGACAUAUCAGUAUCUGGCACUGUCCUUGCAUCGCUGCUAACGCUUGCGCCAUUACCAGCGGCCGCGUUCUACUUUCCCGGAACUGCGCCUACAUCUUAUAAAGUUGGAGAUGCAGUACCACUAUUUGUCAAUCACUUGACGCCUGCAGACUCCCAAAACGAUCCCAAACUACGAUCCGUAUUCUCGUUCGACUACUACCACGAACCCUUCCACUUCUGCCAACCGAAAGAUGGACCAAAGUACAUCAAGGAGAGCCUGGGGAGUAUAUUGUUCGGUGACCGUAUACAGGACAGCCCUUUCGAGCUGAAGAUGGGGGUAAACGAGACGUGCAAAGCACUUUGUGGACCACAGGAAUACGACUCGAGAGACGCUGUGUUUGUCAACAGCAAGAUCAAGCAAGGAUAUGACUUGAAUUGGCUGAUAGAUGGACUGCCUGCGGCGCAACUGUUAAAGGAUCCCAACUCAGACCUACCCUUCUACAGUCCUGGUUUCGCGCUAGGAUUGGUCGAUGGGGAGAACCCCAUUUUCAACAAUCACUACGACAUUGUUAUCGACUAUCACGAGGCAGGGCCAGACAACUACCGAGUCGUCGGUGUACUUGUGGAUCCAUACUCGAUGAAGGACCCCAAACAAUCCGAGUGCCAGAGCGCACAAACACCAGUUAUACUAAACGAAGACAAGGGCGACAAGGUAGACUUUACAUACAGCGUAUACUGGCGCCUUAGCCCCACGCCGUUUGCGACACGCUGGGACAAGUACCUCCACGUCUACGACCCCAGGAUUCAUUGGUUCUCCCUUAUCAAUUCAGCUGUUAUCGUUGUUUUUCUGGUCGGCAUGGUCAGCACGAUUCUGGUGCGCACGCUCAGGAAAGACAUUGCAAGAUACAACCGCCUGGACCAAUUUGCGCUCGACGACUUUGGUGAUAAUGGCGACGUCGAGGACGGCGUAGCUGAGGAUUCAGGCUGGAAGCUGGUACACGGCGAUGUCUUCAGGCCGCCUAAAAGCCCUCUCUUCCUCUCCGUCUUACUCGGCAAUGGAGCACAGCUGUUCGCCAUGACAGCUCUGACUAUUGCAUUUGCCCUCCUCGGUUUCCUGUCUCCAAGCAACCGCGGCGCCCUCGGGACUGUCAUCAUCAUUUUCUACACGCUCUUCGGCUUCAUUGGCGGUUAUGUCUCCUCUCGGAUUUACAAGUUCUUCCAUGGCGAGAAGUGGAAGCUCUGCUUUUUCUACACACCGUUCGCUCUUCCUGUCGUCGUCUUCGCAACCUUCUUCCUUCUCAAUCUCUUCGUCUGGGGCCGUGGCGCAUCCGGAGCUGUCCCAUUCACGACCAUGCUCGUCAUUGUCAUCAUCUGGUUCGUUAUAUCUGUUCCCCUCAGCUUCGCAGGAUCCUGGGUCGGCUUCAAGCAAGGCGCCAUCGAGCCUCCUGUCCGUACCAACCAGAUUCCUCGUCAGAUCCCGCCUUCUGGAGGCUAUCUCCGUCCUCUCCCCUCCAUGGCGCUCGCAGGUGUCCUCCCCUUCGGUGCCAUCUUCGUUGAGCUGUACUUCAUCAUGAACUCUAUCUGGUUCAACAAAGUGUACUACAUGUUCGGUUUCCUGUUCAUCUGCUUUGGACUCAUGAUCAUGACUUCCGCCGCCGUUACAGUCCUUAUGAUCUACUUCUUGCUUUGUGCGGAGAACUACCACUGGCAGUGGCGCAGUUUCUUCACAGCAGGCGCGAGUGCGUUCUAUGUCUUUGCUAGUUGCUUGCUUUACUGGGUCAAGGAUGUCAGUUUCUUGAGCUGGACGAGUGGGGUUGUCUAUCUGGGAUACUCGGCGUUGCUGAGUUUGUUGGUCUUUGUCCUGACUGGCACCAUCGGCUUCUUCGCGAGCUGGCUGUUCACGCUCAGGAUCUACAGGUCAAUCAAGGUGGACUAA